AGGCGCUUUCCGGUUAGGAGCAGCUCGGUCGUCUUUGAGGUUGUGGACGUUCAUAACGACCCAGAUGUCAGAGUAGUUGUGGCAGAUCGUGUUUUGUUUCGUCGUCUCAGGUCUUUGCUGACCAAAUUGUCUAUACGAUCAAGCAGGAUAUAAAGCAUAACAGUGCCGAAGUCUAUAGUGAAAAAGACAAACUAUGAGGUCAUGAAAAGAAGAUUGUGAUUGAAGACGUGUUUCGUGUCUCCUCUCAACUAGUUUAUCAGUGUUUCAAUCUGAAAAAGGUUUAGUGAAAGAAUUGUUGUCGUCUCCAUUUCUUCUGAGGACUUUGAAGUUAGAACCAUUCACUCUUUCCUCUGUUAUAGCAGGAUGUAACCAUAAAGAAAAAAAUGCGGAGAAGCAGCAGGAAUGGAUAGAAUUGAUUGGAUCGCUUAAAAGAAGAACCGUGAUCAUUUGGGACCAACAGAUUGCAUCAUGAUGACACAAGUAGCUCGUCACUGCCUCCAACAUCUCGUACUUUCUUUGUGGAGACGUAAAACGUUCCUCUUGGCUGCCGUUCUGGGAACGUCUUUGGUCAUCGUCUGCCUUCAAUAUGGUUCUGUUGGUGAAAAUGUUGUUCGGGGAGAGUUUGACAAUCAAUUUCCAUUGGGUCUGAGUGGUCCCGGGACCAAAACUCACCAUACACUGAUUCCUAGAAGAAAUUUGUCUGCGGUGGCUCAUCCAAGUAACAAACAGGACGUUGGAGCUUUUCGUCGUGGCAGUGCAGAGAUUAGAGAGGGGCAUUUUGGCAUGCCCCGUCGAGAAGAGGACGCCGAAGUCAAAAGAGAACCUCGUUAUCGACCCGUUUACCAUCGCGAUUCCCAAGACUCUUACGUACGGAAUCAGAAUAAUCUUCAACAGAAUAACGUUGCGCAACAUAAUAAUGUUGUGCAACAGAAAAGUCACUAUCAGACAUAUGACGGUCAACUGGGAAGGCAACAGAGUAAUCUCUACAGAUCGCAAAGCAGAACAUGGCAACAACAAGGCCUUAAUCAUCAACCUUAUUAUAUUCCUCCCUUAAGAUUAGUUCAUAUUGACUUGAAGGGUGCACCACCGAAAAUAAGCUAUUUUAAACAAAUUUUUCCCAUGCUGAAAGAUGCAGGAGCUAAUGGAAUAUUAUUGGAAUACGAAGAUAUGUUUCCAUUUUGGGGACAGUUAGCCCCUGCGGCAGCUGGUAAUCAUUAUACCAAAGACGACAUUAAAACUCUUUUAAGUUAUGCAAGUACCUAUAAUUUUGAAGUUAUUCCAUUAGUACAGACAUUUGGGCAUUUGGAAUUUGUUUUAAAAAUAAAGAAUUUUCAACAUUUGAGGGAAGUAGACGAUUUUCCUCAAGCUCUGUGUCCAUCCAAAAAUAGUUCUUUUACUUUAGUCCAAACAAUUAUUGAUCAAGUAAUGUCACUUCAUUCCAAUUCUAAAUGGCUUCAUAUAGGUUGUGAUGAAGUAUACCAUCUUGGAUACUGUCCGAAGUGUAUGCGUCAAGAUCGCGAUAAUCUUUUUCUUUCCCAUGUUGAGCGAGUUGCAAGAUAUGUCAAGGAAAAACAUAAUAUCAUACCCAUUAUAUGGGACGAUAUGCUUCGACAGAUGACAUCGGAAAAACUGAAAGAGUUUCAAUUAGGAAAUCUUGUCGAACCCAUGGUAUGGACUUACGUUAAAGAUGUUUAUCGCUUCAUUCCCUAUAAUGUUUGGCUGAUGUAUAGUGAAGUGUUUCCAUUUGUCUGGGCAGCUAGUGCUUUUAAGGGAGCUUUCGGUGAAACACUCACAAUACCAAAUGUUAAAAUGCAUUUAGAAAACAAUGAAGCUUGGUUAGAAGUUAUGGAAGAACAACAACGCAAAUUCACUUCCUUCCGUGGAAUUGCCAUCACCGGAUGGCAAAGAUACGAUCAUCUUGCCACAUUGUGUGAACUCUUACCAGCAAGUAUGCCCUCUCUGAUUCUAAAUCUUCUUACAGUCAGCCAUGGAUAUUUCAGUCAUCAGUUGAUACCAAAAUUUCAACAAAUUCUUCAAUGUACCAUUCACUCCAGAAGUCAUCUCGAUUUAGACAGUGAUCCUUAUCUCUGGCAAAAAGCAGCCAGCUGUUUCUUUCCAGGUUCUGCAGUCUUCAGACUCACUCAGCAUCACAGCGAAGCUAUCAAGAGAGUCACCGACUAUCUUUACGACGUCACCAUUCACAAGGCAUGGUUAACAGAAUAUAACGUACGACACAACAUCAGCAGUCCAAUGAGAGUCGACGAGGGUCUCACAGACUAUUCUUCCAUUUAUUAUCCUCUAACUUCACUGGUAAGAACAGCACGCGAUGCGUUACGUGAAGUUUUCGACGAAUAUACCGUGGCCGAAUGGAUAGAACAAAAUAUUUAUCCAUACAUAACUAAAAUGGAAAAGGUUUGGAAAGAGGGAAUGGAUUUAAAGAAACAAAAAACGUGGCCCGUCAGACCGCUUCCGCCAUUAGAAGAGUUAAAAAAAUACUCCGUUGGUUUGUUAGAAUCUAACGAUGAAAACAAAGUAUGAUUUUAUAACAUCCCGUUGGAUUUAUGUAAAAAAAAAAAAAAAAUUAAAAGCCGGUGCUAAAUCAAUGUACAUGAUUUAACUUUGCUUGUCAUGUAGCAUUAACUAAUAUAGAGUAAAUGCUAUAAGGAAGAAAAUAACCAACUGACAAGUAUGAACUGUUGUUGACAAAUAUUUGUCAGUAACAGUAGUAGCACAAUUAAUGUGCAACUGUAAUUAUUGUAUAUGUAGACUAAGUUUUUCUAACAAUGUAUUUUGCAGUUUAUAUUAUUUAGAAAUAUUUCUUCUAGUCACUUUUUUCUAGUUUUCCUGUUAAACCAGUUUCUGCAUAAAUGGUUUUACUGAAUUAUUAAAUAUAUUCAAAAACAAAGUAAAAAUUGGAAACAAAUUCUUCUUUGGGAUACUGACAGUGUUAACCGUUGAAAAAAUGAAUUAAAAAGUAGUUAAAAAAAUAAAUUUUUAAAAAAUAUUUUGCAUAAAGAUGCAAGAACAUUUUUAUAAUUGGGGAAAAUUUAAAAAAAAAGUUUAUUAUAAUCUUGAACGUUAAUCUAAAAUACUAUUUUUCAGUUAAAACAUUUUGUAGACUGCUGUGAGCAGGAGAUAAUACAUUUUUUUGCAUAUUGUAUUUACUAAAGAUGUAAAAUUCAAAAGUCAUAUUUAUUGUAAGAGACUAUGCACUGUGAUCAAAACAAAAAAAAAAUAUAAAAAAAAGGUAUUUAACAGUCUUAAGAAACUAUAGAUUUAAAUAAUAAUAAAACAGCCUUUAAAAAAAUGAGAGGGAAACCAUAACCGAUAGAGGCUGAGAGAUAUUUGUUGAUCUAAUUAAGGAUCUUAUUAUUAUAUACCUUACAGGUAUGGAAAGUGCUGUCCAAAAUAUUGAUGUUUUGUCUACAGUAAUAUGCAAUGUUCAUUGUUUAUUUCAAAUUUAAAAACAAAAAAAAAUUAUUUGUAUUUUAUUUCAUAUCAGUGUAAUUUAGCACUGGAUCAUUCUAGAAAUCCCUCUGAUGUUUUCCCCUAAGUCUUGAUUCUAAAUCUAAUAAAAGUGUCUAAAAAUA